AACCAUGUACUUGAAGAGAGAGAGACCAUAGAAUAGAGAUAGCAAAAGAGGAGCAGCUUCGGAGGGGAGUCGCCGGAGUCGCCGGAGAGCCAUCAUUGCUCCGACCACCAGCCGUAGAAGAUGGCGUGCUUCCUUGUUGAUUCCAUUCUCCAUCUCUCCGUUCCUCCUCGAAGUUCAGCUUGUAGUAAUGGGUUGAGAAGCUCGAAUGGCAUAUAUUGCCUUAAAUGGGGAAGAUUGGACCAAAGAGGGGGAAAAAGGGUUAAGACAGCUAAAUUUGUUCGAGCUGCUGUACUCCCCAUUUCACCACCCUUGCUUGAUGAUGAGGAAAAAAGGAAGCAAAUGUCUGAAAGCUAUGGCUUUACACAAAUUGGCGAACCACUUCCAGACAACGUCACUCUGAAAGAUGUGAUGGAUACCCUGCCCAAAAAGGUGUUUGAAAUUGAUGACAUGAAAGCAUGGAAGUCAGUUUUCAUAUCUGUCGCUUCUUAUGCACUGGGGAUCUUCUUGACUUCAAAAGCUCCCUGGUAUUUGCUUCCUUUGGCAUGGGCAUGGACUGGAACAGCCGCUACAGGGUUUUUUGUGAUAGGCCACGAUUGUGCUCAUAAAUCAUUUUCAAGGAAUAAACUGGUUGAAGAUAUUGUUGGAACGCUUGCCUUUCUGCCUCUCAUAUAUCCUUAUGAGCCCUGGCGUUUCAAGCAUGACAAACAUCAUGCAAAAACAAACAUGUUGUCAGAGGAUACAGCAUGGCACCCUGUCUGGAGAGAUGAAUUUGACUCUUCCCCUCUUCUGCAAAAGGCACUUAUCUACGGAUAUGGUCCAUUGCGGCCUUGGAUGUCUAUAACUCACUGGUUAAUGUGGCACUUCGAUCUGAAAAAGUUCAGACCGAAUGAAGUUAGAAGGGUGAAGAUAAGCCUAGCAUGCGUGUUUGCGUUCAUUGCCAUUGGAUGGCCCUUGAUCAUUUAUAAGACAGGAAUCAUUGGAUGGUUCAAGUUUUGGUUCAUGCCUUGGAUGGUGUAUCACUUCUGGAUGAGUACUUUCACAAUGGUCCAUCACACCGCCCCACACAUUCCUUUCAAAACUUCAGAUGAGUGGGAUGCUGCGCAGGCACAACUCGGAGGGACCGUACAUUGUAACUAUCCACGUUGGAUAGAGAUUCUUUGUCAUGAUAUUAAUGUUCAUAUCCCUCACCAUAUUUCUUCGAGGAUACCUAGCUACAAUCUUCGGGCAGCUCAUAAGUCACUCCAAGAGAACUGGGGAAAGUAUUUAAACGAAGCAAACUGGAACUGGCGUCUAAUGAAGACGAUAAUGACCAUGUGCCAUAUAUAUAACAAGGAGCAAUACUACAUCCCAUUCGACGAUAUUGCGCCGAAAGAGUCACAACCAAUCAAUUUCUUGAGGAAGGCGAUGCCUGAUUUCGCAUGAUUAUGUACUUGUUUAUUGCUCGACAUAAUACAUCCGGGAACUCCGAGAAGCAUGCUCUUCUUCUUUGAGAUGUAUACCCCUAAAGUUUCGUACUUCAUUUUGAAUCAAAUAUCAUUUUCUUCGACAUGGCUGGCAAGGAUUGUUUAAGGCAGAGAGAUGAGCAAAUGACAUGUUAUGCUUUGGAGCAUAAGAGCAUUAGAGUGUAAAGUGUCAAUUGCCAGCAAUGUAAGAAUUUGCUUUGCAUAGCCAUCUAAUAGGCAUAGCAUAGCAAUUUAUUCUCGCUUCUCAGUUUUAGGAGUGUUCUAUUUUAUGUAUAAAAUUAUAUGAUUUUAAGGUUAUGUUUGAUUAAUAAACAGGUUUAAAUAUUACUUUUA